AAGUAGAACCAAAGUUCUGAUACUGCAGUAUACGAGGUUCAUUUUAGUGGAUUUGCAAAUCUGAUCUAUUUCGUGCUAAUAACAUUGAAUAAAGUGUUCAUGGAUUUAAAGUUAGUUUUUCUGUUGCUGGUUUUUGUACCUGAUUCUAUUAAUGCAGAUUGUUUAAGUAUCACACUAUCAUGUACUCAGAAGUUCUAUUCCGACUUUGAAAGUCGAGUGGUGGAUUACAAGAAUGCAUGUCAAAAUGUUGAGACAUAUGUCAACUGUGUUAUAAAACAUGGAUGCAGCCUGAGUGAGUCUGACAAGGAGUUUAUCGUCAGUGCAACCAACAGUUUUCUCGAAUCUAUACAUUGUCCUUUCUCUAUUAGAGAUCUACUCGAUGGUAAUGGCACUGGUCAAUCUGCAAAUCCCCUGACAUACACUUUACUGACAGCUGCUAUUUGUGCCUUUGUAUUUUUCUAUAAAAACAUGUAUUAAUCUGUAAAACUUUUCAUUUCAAACCUUAUACAAAAUAAGCAUAAUGGUAUUUUAAAAAAUUAAUAAUGAAUUCAGAUAAAAACUUGUAAGAGACAUAUUCUAAAUGCAUUUGUAUACUAUUGUUUUCUAUCUUUGCAUAUUAUUGUAUAUAUGUCUACUUCGAUGUGGCAAAAUAUGUAGGUCGCAUCUGAGGCUGCGUAGCCAGAUAAAAUAAAUUAAAUUAAAAAAAAUAAUAAUUUUGCACCGUCUUCUAAGUCUGGAUGUAUAGGCCUAACAUUAGAAUUGUACAAACUCCGAGUAGAUGUAAACAUUUUGUUAAUCAGGAUCUUUUUUUCGGGAGGGAGGAAUAGGCGGGGUGAAAAAAAUUAUUCCAUUUUUUAUAUGUGUAUGUUUUUAAAAUCUAUCAUUCAUUAAUUAUUACGAUCGCUUUAAAUAAAGUUGUUUAGCUGUGUAAAUAAA